CAAUUUAAAACCUGUCUUUUCUUUGAAUUCUUCUGUUUUUUUCUAGUCGGAUAUCACGUUAAUUGCACAGACAUAUUAUCAUAUAAUAAUAAACACAUAAUAUAUAAAAGUGACAGGUUUUUGAACAAGUUUGGUUUGUAUAAACUUGCACAGCAUUAUUUUGUUUGGCAAUUUUUUUUAUCCAUAAGAAAAAAUUUAUGGCCUCAAUUCCUACUUUUUCACAUUUCCUGAUUGAGGUUGACACACUGCUCACAUCUUUUUGUGUGACUAACAAUAAAAAAUGUGUUAGGUUUUUGGAUAUAUAUAAAAAAUAUAUUUCUAUUGACUCCAACUUAACUUAGAUAGCUUUCCUUCAUUUCUUUUAUAUUUUUAUUGUUAUUACAGUAUUUUUUUCCUUGAGCUACAUACCCCUUUAUUGUGUUUUUUUUAUUUUUCCUUUUUUUCUCUGACUUCUAUCUUCUUUUAUUUGAUAAUGUUCUCAUGAAGGUGAUUGUAUAUUUCAUCUAAUUGCUUGAAUAAAUAAUAAAAUAAAUAAAUAAACUUGCACACUUGAUACAAACACGCCACCUACCUGUGGCUAAGCGUGUUAGCGUCUGAUAACCGCUGGGUGGCAGAGUUGCUCUUUUGACAACAAGGCUAAGGCUUUCUUUACUGAUACAUAAUUACUACAAACUACUUGUUUCCUUUACACAUUUGUUUGCAUUAUACUGUUUUUUAAAUUACCAUUUCUAUGUGUACUAUGUGUAUUAAAUAAAAUUUGCCGAAUUGUAGUAUUGUUCACUUGUUGUCCUUGUUGCUCUGCUGGAAUGUUUCCACGGCAACGCAAACUCACAAAACCAUUCCGCGUGCAACGUCAAAUACACAAGCACGAGCCCGUCAUGGUCCGCAUCAGUGAGGAUCUGAUCCGCCGCAGAGCGGAGCACAAUAAUGGUGAGAUCUUUUCCCUCGAGGAGGUUUCUCUCCAUCAGCAGGACAUUGAGAGGAUCGAGCACAUCCACAACUGGUGCAGAGACCUCAGAAUUCUCUACUUACAAAACAACCUGAUCCCUAAAAUAGAAAAUGUGGGCAAACUAAAGAAGCUGGAGUAUUUAAAUUUGGCACUGAACAACAUUGAAGUCAUUGAGAAUUUAGAAGGCUGUGAGAGCUUACAGAAACUGGACCUUACGGUGAAUUUUGUGGGUAGGCUGAGCAGUGUGGAGUCACUAAAACAAAACGUUCAUCUAAGAGAGCUCUACCUUGUGGGAAACCCCAGUACUGAAUUCCAGGGAUACAGACAGUAUGUAAUAGCUUGUCUUCCUCAACUACAGUGGCUUGAUGGGAAAGCAAUCGGACGAGCUGAGCGUAUCCAGGCUCUACAGGAACUGGAUGCAAUGAGAAAGCAAAUCUUAGAGCAGGAAGCGGAGCACUUCGAGAAGAGAGAGAAACAGAAAAAGAGUGGGUUAAGAGAGACCACACCCACAGAAGAACAGGGGCAAAUACAGAACCAUAGUCAAAAUAACCAGUUGGUCAAUGAAAACCAAAAUGAAAUGACACACCAGAAUCAGGAAUCAAGCUUCAAGUCUCACACAGAUGCAGAGGACCAGGAUAGGGAAUUCUGGGAAAAGCCAUGCGCAGUUACACCAGAGUCCAGAAUAGAGGCCCAUCGCCAUCUGGAGGAAAAGAGAAGAACGAAGGAGAAAGAGAGAGAAAGUCAUGAAGCCAAAACCCCCAGAUCUCUGAUCACUGCAGAUGGACGAGUGCUGAACGUCAACGAACCCAAGUUGGACUUCAGUCUUACGGACGAUGAGGACAACAACUGCAUGCUAUUGGACUUGCAUGUUUACAGGCAUAUGGACACUUCACUGCUGGAUGUAGAUGUUCAGCCAACAUAUGUGAGAGUGACCGUUAAAGGAAAGGUGUUCCAGCUGGUUUUGCCUGCAGAAGUUAAACCUGACAGCAGCUCAGCCCGAAGAUCCCAAACCACCGGCCACCUGCUUCUCACACUACCCCUGGCACAUGGAGAGAUAAAACCCAAAAAACACAUUGCCAGACCAGCCAGCACUACUCAUGAAAGAAAAACUGAGAAAGGCGAGACAAGGACAUCAUGUGGGCGUGAAUUAUUGGAGGUGGAUCCCAGUAAAAGUCUGGCUGGGAAUCUGGCCAACAUCGUUUCCAAAGAAAAGGACUUUUCCCACACACCCAUGCAGUUCUCAACGGCACACCAGCAUUGUGGCUUUGAAGAAAGGCCCGUGUCAAAAGACUUUGUGGAUGAUCCAGACGUCCCUCCGCUUAUGUGAGAGGGAGAGAGAGAAAGAGAGAGAAAUUAUGCUGUGAUAUGACACAGCAAGAGAGCAUAAGUGAUAAUCACACCCUCUGCUGAGCUUGUGGAAGUGUGUGAUGAAACACUGCGAGAUAUAUUUAGCUCUCAUCAUUAGACAUAUAGUCAAGUAGAUGAGUAAAUGUCAGUCUCAUUACAGCUUACUGAAUAUUUCAGUCAUAAAGUUCCUUCAGACAGACACAGAUAUUUUGUUGAAAGUUUUAGCUCUCCGAAAUAAAGUAAGGCCUGCCUGUGAUGUUUCUCUUCUCACUGCCUUUUUGUAUUUCUCAUAUUUUGUGUUUCACAGUAUGUGUUUUUGUAAAUAAAGCAUGCAUAGUCAACUUAAACUUUAAUUAUUUGACUCAUUAUAAAUUUAUACUCGAGCUUACAGUUUAUGGUGCCCAUGGCCAUAACCUGGUGUUGCUAGUACCAGCUCAGAGAAGUAAAGACCAGCAAAAGGCUCAUAAUUUCACCAGAUCAUGUUUCAUGCUAAAUGUACUUAUGGCUUGUGUGAGUGUUUGUGUGAGAUACAAAAUGUCAUUAACCUGAUAUGAAAACAGUGGAAGUCUAUGAUAUCCUCACUAAUGUAGUAAAACGUGUGUGUGUGCAUGCAAAAGAGGUCAGACAUAGGCAGAACUGCCAACAGAUGAGAUCACGCCACUGCAGUAUUUCUGUUUUCUGUAGCAAGCCGAUAAACUUUGCACUCCUUUCAGUUCAAACACAACAAAGGUCAAGAGUACGCACACAUUUUUGGAGCUCACACUCAUUCUUUAGUGUUGAAGGCUGUGUUCUUUCCUCUGCUGUUUUAUGUGUGUGUGCAGGUGAAUUAUCGGGAUGCGCAGAUGGGGUUUGGUGGUUUCAUUUCCCCUUUAUUAAAAACUCCUGUCAGCAGAUGAGUAAUUUACAGUAUUUUGUUGCCGACAUUAUAACACCCCUGUGCUACGGUGGACUAAAUCUUAUAAAAGCUAUUUCGGAGAUGCUUUGGAGAAUGCAGGAAACACAUUAGUAAACACAUCAGAGAGCAUUGUUUAUAAAUACAUUUAAUAACUGUAAACUACACCGAUUCUAAAUAAACAUUAAAUGAGGGCAAAUUUAGGGAUCACUACAAACCCAUUUUAUGUUGCUGAAAAGGAAUUUGUACCAAACUUUACUUUUUAGUUUAUAUUAUAUUAACAAUUGAGGAGCUCAGAUGCAAAAUCCGCUAAACGUCAUGGAUGAACGAUGGUAGAUCAUAUUCAAACUUGGGUCCCUUGUGAGUACUUAGACCUGAAUACAACCCGAAUAUGGCACUGACCUGAAUCACAGCUCCCCUUUAUGUGUGUUUCUUCAGUUCAUCAUUUGCAAUGUUCCUGGUUGCAUUUUUUUUUACUAUUCCCUAUUCAUUUUGGUCAAUUGGAUCACAAGUUGAUGAGAGAGAUGCAUGUUUGUUUACACCUGAUUUUUAAUUCAUCUCUUUUGCCCACUUUCGACCACUUCUGAUUACUCCGAGGGGUCUAUGGGCAAGUCCCUCUGCUUUCUUAAAGCAUGAGCAGGAGAAAUGACGGGUUUUAAUAGACCCGCACUAAUAUUAGGUCAGAGUCCGC